GUCUAUAAAUAGCCCCCGCGCGCUCCCGGCGCCACUCCGGACCUGCUACCGGGACCUUCUGGACUCACCUGACCCGCCUGGAAACGCUCAGUCAGAAUGUCGAUCACAAAGAUUCACGCUCGGGAGAUUCUGGACUCCAGAGGAAACCCCACAGUGGAGGUCGACCUGUGGACCGCUAAAGGUCUGUUCAGAGCGGCUGUUCCCAGCGGAGCGUCCACUGGAGUCCACGAGGCUCUGGAGCUGAGGGACGGAGACAAGAGCCGCUACCUGGGCAAAGGGACGACAAAGGCUGUGGAUCAUGUGAACAAAGACAUCGCUCCCAAACUCAUCGAGAAGAACUUUAACGUCGUGGACCAAGAGAAGAUCGACAGCUUCAUGUUGGAGCUCGAUGGAACUGAGAACAAGUCUCAGUUUGGUGCUAACGCGGUCCUGGGCGUGUCGUUGGCGGUGUGUAAGGCGGGCGCGGCGGAGAAGGGCGUCCCUCUGUACAGACACAUCGCCGACCUCGCCGGCAACAAGGACGUGAUCCUCCCCGUGCCCGCCUUUAAUGUGAUAAACGGCGGGAGUCACGCUGGAAACAAACUGGCGAUGCAGGAGUUCAUGAUUCUUCCUGUGGGGGCAGCAAACUUCCACGAGGCCAUGAGGAUCGGAGCAGAGGUUUACCAUAACCUGAAGAACGUGAUCAAGUCCAAAUACGGAAAAGAUGCCACCAACGUCGGAGAUGAAGGCGGCUUCGCCCCAAACAUCCUGGAGAACAACGAGGCCCUGGAGCUGCUGAAGAGUGCCAUCGAUAAGGCCGGAUACCCCGAUAAGAUCAUCAUCGGGAUGGACGUGGCGGCGUCCGAGUUUUACCGCAGCGGAAAAUACGACCUGGACUUUAAGUCCCCUGACGACCCGGCGCGCCACAUCAGCGGAGAGGCGCUCGGAGACCUGUACAGGAGCUUCAUCAAAGGAUACCCAGUGCUGUCCAUCGAAGACCCGUUUGACCAGGACGACUGGGAGAACUGGACCAAGUUCACCGCCUCCACAGACAUACAGAUUGUGGGGGACGACCUGACGGUGACCAAUCCCAAGAGGAUCCAGACGGCGGUGGAGAAGAAGGCGUGUAACUGUCUCCUGCUCAAGGUCAACCAGAUCGGAUCUGUGACGGAGUCCAUCAAGGCGUGUAAGCUGGCUCAGAGCAGUGGGUGGGGCGUGAUGGUGAGUCAUCGCUCUGGAGAGACUGAGGACACCUUUAUCGCCGACCUGGUGGUGGGACUGUGCACCGGACAGAUCAAGACCGGCGCCCCCUGUAGGUCAGAGAGACUGGCCAAGUACAACCAGCUGAUGAGGAUCGAGGAGGAGCUCGGGGACAAAGCCAAAUUCGCCGGGAGAGAUUUCCGUCAUCCCAAAGUGAACUGAGCCCCAGACCUGGGUCCGGUUCUGGUCCUGAUGCUGCUGUCUCCAUCUGUCGCCACGGCAACGGCCCGACCAUUGACCCCUGACCCCCGCACCUGAGGGUCAGAGGUCACAGCAGUGAUUCCAUUCAAGUUUUCUAUGAAACAAGAAGUUUAUCAAUAAAUGAUGAUUAAAUAAAA